AUGUCGCACGUUGUGGCUUCACUAGAUCUCCCAUCCAGUUACAAGGACAGUCAGUCCGAGCACGACCUGUUCUCAACAUGCGCGAAGCCAGAGGAAGGUGGCGGCAUCAAGCGUGUUAUCAUGGGCCUUGACCGCCACCAGAAGACACCCUGUGGCUUCGCUUUUGUCGAGUACUACCUUCACUCGGAGGCCGUGGCCUGCCUGCGUUACAUCUCAGGCACCAAGCUCGACGAACGUAUCAUCCGCUGUGACCUCGAUCCAGGAUACAAGGAGGGUCGUCAGUUUGGGCGAGGCAAGAGCGGUGGCCAGGUGCGGGACGAGUUCCGCCAGGAAUACGACAGUGGGCGUGGAGGAUGGGGACACCAACGCCUCGAGCUCGAACGCCGGCAGCAGGAGCAGGACCGCCUGCGCCAGCAGGUGCAGUUCGACACGUACGCGGCCAUCGGCGGUCUCGGACAAGCUGGCGCCGACGUGCCGUCAGGUGAGGCGGCCGAUCGCUCGAAGCGCGCGCGUAGCGAGGACGAUCGCCACGAUGAGGAUGAUGGGAAACGGUUCCGGGGCGAGCGUGAUGAAGAGUGA